AUUAACGGAUAGACGCGGCGAGUUUGUGGUUGGACGGUAGGAAAAAGUCAUAUGUCAAUUAAUAAUUCUUCAACAUUUCUUCUCUGUGAGCCGUGACGGUGUCUUACACGGAGAGAAGGUGCAAAAAAGGAGAGGGAUGAAGAGGAAGAAGAGGGCAGAGGAACGGGGAGAUUGGUGCAAAAAAGGAGCGCAAGUUGAAGUCAGCCUGGAAGACGACGGUUUCCGAGGCUCCUGGUACGCCGCCACCGUCCUCCGCACGAUUUCCCGGAAGAACAACAAGAUCUUCCUCGAGUUCCACAACCUCGUCGACGACGCCGACCCCGCCAAGCCCCUCCGCCAGUCCGUCCACUUCAUCCUCGUCCGCCCCGUCCCCCCACGCGAGCCCACGCGCUCCUUCCGGCUCAGCGAGGAGGUCGACGCUUUCCACGUCGACGGCUGGUGGGAGGGCGUGGUCACGGAAGUUCUAGACUCUUCCAGAUACUCCGUCUUCUUCCGCUGCUCCCGCGAGCAGAUUCAGUUCCACGAGUCGCAGCUCCGCCUCCACCGCGAGUGGUUUCACCGCCAUUGGGUCCCUUCCUUCCCCGAUCCUCCGCUUCCUUCCUCUUAGUUUUGUUUGAUCAGCCGGGGCUUAUUUUUGUGAUGACUGCUUGGACUGGAUUUUAAGUGGUACAACUGGAGUUCAACGCUUCAACUUGUGUACUUUUUUGUUAAAGAUGUUUUUUGACCCCUAGUGAUUGGUCCCAGGAGCAUAUAUAUAGGCAAAAUAUAUAGUCAGCACCUCAACAAAGACCUUAACAUGCUCCACGUUGACCUGACAUGGGGAAAAGUGAGGAUUCUCCCAUGUUUUAAGAUGAGAGAAAUUUCAUCAUUCAUCAUGUCAACGUGCUCCAUAUGAGUAUAUUUACGUUAAAUUAUUAUACAUUUAUACUUUGGAUUCGGUGUUGAUGAUGUAUUUGUUGUUGACUUGAUAGUUGUGAAGACUUGAUGCAGGAGUAACUCUUAGAAUGGAAUGUCAAUGUGUUCAAUUUUACAACAGUUUUCAGAGUACAAG